CGUGUUACAUGAACUUACAUGAACUUACAUGUGUAAUUAAUGUACAUCACUUUUAGAGGAAGCAGUUCUACUCUUUUUCGGCAAAAGUUAAAGCCAGAACAGAGACAUCGUAGAUGGCUCCACCAUGAGAGGAGAGUUGCUGUUGAAACGACUGUUGGAGGAAAAAACACUACCAUUUCUGCUGGAAAGUUUGCUCGUUUGGCUGAUGGAGCUGUUGUAGUUAAGUCUGGUAAUACAUCACUAAUGGUAACAGCAGUAUCAAGCACCAGACCUUCUUCUACCUAUAACAUAGUCCCAUUAACAGUUGAUUACAGGGACAGAGCAUCAGCUGUGAGUAGAAUACCACAGAAUUCCUACAGAAGAGAAUUACGUCCGUCAAACAGAGAGAUAUUAGCCAGUAGAUUUAUAGAUCGCUCAAUCAGACCUCUGUUUCCACCUGGCUAUGCAUACGACACACAGAUCAUAAGUAACCUAUUGCAAGGUGAUGGUUUAUCCCACACUGGUAUAAUGUCUAUCAAUGGAGCGUCUGCAGCUCUUACACUGUCUGAUAUACCAUGGAAUGGACCAGUGGCUGCAGUUCAUGUCGGUAUUAUUGAUGGAAAAAGAAAAUUUGUCUCAAAUAUGUCACCUAAAGAAGCUUUGGACUCGCCAUUGAAUCUCAUUAUUAGUUGUAACAAGGAAAAAAUAGUAAUGUUGGAAGGCUAUGGUAAUGAAGUAUCAGAAGAGGUGAUCUGUAAUGCUAUACAAUUUGGCAUCCAAGAAGUUCAGCCAUUAUUAAAAGUUAUCGGAUCACUUAAGAAGCAUAGUAAGAAACCAUUGAGAGAUGUAGAGCUCAUAAGACCAUCAGAUACUGUAGAGUACACAGUACACCAAUUUUGCUAUGAUCGAAUAUUAGAAAUAUUACGUAACACUUCUCACAAAAAACUUAGUCGAGAUAAUCAGUUAUUCUCCUUGCUUGAUAAAGCAAAGGCUCACAUAAGAAGUGUAUUGCUUGAUGAUUCCGGCUAUGCUGAUCUAGCCUUCUGGUCGACUGCUAAAAAAGCAAUGAACCAUCUUGUAAUGCAUGACAGAAUCAGGUGUGAUGGACGUGGUAUAAAUGACCUUCGACCGAUUGAGUGUGACGUGGAUUUAUUUGAGGAGUUGCAUGGCUCGUCUUCGUUUGUAAGAGGAGAGACGCAGAUGCUCUCGACUGUUACUUUUGACUCACUUCAAGCAGCUUCAAAAGUUGAUAAGAUAUCUUCUAUUAUUGGUCUUGAGAAGACAUCGAAUUUCAUGCUCCAUUAUGAGUUUCCACCAUUUGCUACUAAUAGCACUGGUCCAUUCCUAAUGACUGGAAGGAGGGAGAUCGGUCACAGCCUGUUAGCCGAGAGAGGAUUAAAGCCGCUCAUACCAAACGACUUCCCAUUCGUUAUAAGAGUAGCAUCACAGGUUACUGACUCUAACGGCUCAUCUUCAAUGGCUGCAGUGUGUGGCAGUAGCCUGGCAUUAUUUGAUGCAGGAGUCCCAAUGGCAAAACCAGCUGCUGGUGUGGCUUGUGGACUCAUGAUGGACGGAGCUGAUUAUACCAUUUUAAGUGAUCUCUCUGGUAUAGAAGAUGCUGCUGGCUAUAUGGAUUUUAAGGUUGCUGGAACAAGAGAUGGAAUAACAUCAUUUCAACUUGAUAUAAAAGACUGCGAGGGACUAUCGUAUGAAAUCAUUGAGAAUGCGUUUAUGCUUUCAAAAGAUGCCAGACACAGAGUCCUUGAUAAAAUGGACAAUUGUCAAUCAGAACCAAGACAACAGCUUAAAUCAAACACUCCAGUAUAUGAAAUUAUACAAGUCCCUUCAUCACGAAGGCAUAGGCUAGUCGGUUCUGGAGGACAUAGACUAAAGGCAUUGAUACAAGAAACAGGCGUCAGUAUAGAGCAAGUAGACGAGGAAACAAUGUCUGUGUUUGCUCCAACACAAUCAGUAAUGGACGAAGUAACAGAGAAGAUUAAUACACUCCUCUCCAGCCCUGACCCUAAUGAGUUUGGAGCCCAAUUAGAAAUUGGAGCAGUGUACAAGUCAAGAAUAAUAAACAUUAAGCCAUCAGGUGUGCUGAUUGAAAUGAUGCCAACACUAGACAGGGCAAUGGUCUACUUGGCCCAAUUGGAUCACAAGUUAGUCUCUCACCCUGAUGACCUGGGACUCCAACUAGGACAAGAGAUAACAGUUAAAUAUUUUGGACGAGAUCCACUUGGACAUAUUCGUGUAUCACGUAGAGCACUGCUUGCUAAUCCUUUUAGACGACCAAAGGAAGAUGGACAAAAUGAAGGAAGUGCAUCAGUAGUCGAGACAGCCAUCUUGGAUCAUGUAAAAGAUACUGUGAAGAAUAAUACCGUAAAGAACAAUACAGACAUCAAGAGGAGGGAAGAUCAUGUAAAGAAUAAAAAAACAAAAAAGGAUAGACUUUAAUAAUAAUAAUUUUAUUGGGAAAAUGAUAAUAAUUAAUAUAGCAAAAUCUCUUGGUGGUGUGUAUGCAAUUUUAGUUUUUUUCAGAUAAAACAUAAAUAAAUAUAA